UUAGGAGAGGAGUACUGCGGCACCAGCAGGGGCGAGAAAGCGUGUAGUGAUCCGGUUAACAGUGAGCACGAAAUUAUUUUCUACAAAAAAUAUUUAAAAUUGGAAUCUCCCAGUCAUGCUUGUAAAAUAAAGUUGCUCUCCUUUGGUGAAAAGCAGUGCGUGUUCAUCAGUAAAGUUGUGGUGCACCUGAGGCGGCUUUCAGCCAGUUCUUCAGCGAGCUCUCCUGCUCUGGGAUCAAGGAUAGACCUCCAGAGGGUUCAGACGCUCAUGGAGUCCAUGGGGUCAAAGUUGUCGCCCGGGGCUCAGCAGCUGAUGGAUAUGGUCAGAUCUCAGCAGCAGGGAAAAACAACACUGAAAUCAUUAAAAGCCUGGGCUCUGGAGUCAGGUGGCCCGGGCUCACGCCCCGGCUCUGCCGCUGACUACAAACAUUACAUAAUGGAAGAGCAGCCUGUGUGCUCCUACUUGGAAAAGAUUCUCACUAAAAAUAUGGAACUGAUGGAAAGGAGGCUUGUGGACUACAUCGAUCAGCGGCUCCGGGGCCUGCAGGAGCACAUAGACGCCCAGAUCGCGUCGUUAGCGGGCGUGCUGCAGAGCCCCUUCUCCCCGGCCGCAGGGACGGCGCUCGGGCACGGGGACGCUGGAGAGGGACUGUCAAACGGAGAAAGAUAGGUGCUCAACGCGUACGACGUGCUGCGGAUAUUGAUUGCAAAAUAUUUAUUACAAAGCCCAGACCCCACAAGUUCAAAGCAAGUACUCACUGGCAUUUGAGGAUCGUCCUCCAUAGAGUGACCUCAGCGUUCCUUUUAACUGUAGCAGUUCCCGUAAACCCGGUCCUGGGCGCCGAGCUGUAACGGGAUGGGGUGAUAGAUUAUUUGUUUGCAGUAUUGUUAUUUUUUACUUUUAUUUACUUGUUUGUUUAAGUGUUUAAACUUUUUAAGGAUUUCUAUUGCAGCUCAUGAGUCUGUACUGUAUAUGUGUUUGAUUGAAAUACUGUUUUAAUUUAUACAAACACCUUAUGUUUUAAGGGUAUGAAAGAAAUACAGUAUUUGAUAUAUUUUUUUUUCUAAAACUGAGUACUUAAGACUUGCAACCUUUAGUUUCCGAUCACAUAAAUACAUUUUAUGUUGUUUAUUUCAGAUAAAAAAAUUAGAAGUGAUGUUUCUGCAACAUUAGUACAUUAGGGCCAUUAAUACUACGUUCUGUCGUGUCGGAGCUGUGUGUGGAUGGGAAAGAAAAAUCAGAACUGGCCUUUGUUAGGGUUAUUACUUUAGGUUAGCGUUUGGUGGAAAACAAGAGACAUCCCCUUGGUUCCUCUCCGCAGACCCAGAAAGGAUAAGGAACUCCUCUUUCCCGAGCUGAUGGGGUUCUUUCCCGAGCCCCCUCUGGUAUGUUUCCAGCGCGAAGCACUGAGGCUCGCGGGAGGGUUAAGGCCCGUGAGUCACGGAGAUCACAGCUCCCUCUGGCAGACGUAAUUUUCAGAAACCCUAACGAUUUCAUGUGUCUUGAGAGGUGGUAUAGCUAAGAAAUAAAUGCAUCUACUGUAGAAACUUUGUCCUGAAUAAAUAGAAAUAUUUUCUUUUUAUCGAAUAUUUGUUUUACAUGAAAAACAUGUUUUAUACUCAUUUAACAUUUUGGUGAAUUUAGUUGUUUCGAUAGUGAGAAACCAGUACAAAGUUCAUGUACGAAUCACUCUGACCUCAGUGACAGGAGGUCUCUAGGUCACUGUCAUCAAGCUUUGCCUAAUUUAUUCACCACAUGUGGAGCCAUUAAACAGCAUUUCUUAAAAAAA